AUGAACGUGACCUCCACGAGUCGCGAGAGAACAGCGGGGAACGGGAACCGGAGUGAGGAGGGGGAGGAGAAUGGGAGAGAAGAUGCGGAGAGGAGCGAUACCGGGGAGGUAGAGCAAGCGGGAGGGUCGGAUGGGGUGAGCGAAGAGGAGGAAGGGGAUGGCGGAGGAGGAGCGGAAGGAGGGGAGGAAUACGCGGACGGGAAAAAGGCGGACGGGGAGGAAGAGGAGUACGAAAAUGCUGACGGAAAAUUAGACGGCGACCGAAAGGACAACGAGGAGGAAGAAGACGAGGAGGAGGAAGUCGGGAAGGAGAACGAUGACGAAGACGGAGAGGAGGAGGACGAGGAGGAAGAGGACGAGGAGGAAGAGGAGGAGGCGGAGGGAGAAGAGGACGAGGACGAGGAAUGCGACGAUCAGUCGCCCGUGGAGGAGGUCGCACUGACGGUGGCGACGUUCGACGACCCGUCGCUGCCGUGCCUGACGUGGCGCGUGGUCAUCAUCGGCAGCAUCGUGUGCGCGCUGCUCGCCUUCAUCAACCAAUACUUCUGGUUCAGGUGCGGGCUGGAUCAGGUGGACCCUGCAACAUGA